GCGGGCCACAACAGGAGGAAACGCAGAGGCAGAGCAGAACGUUUUUGCAAUUCCCUCUCAGAUCGCAAAAUCACAGUGCAAUUCCAAAUCAUGAACCCCAAAGUUGCCCUUCUCUCCUUCUUCCUUCUGCUUCUCAUAUCUUCUUCGUUGCAAAAUCCUAACCCUGAAACCUCGAUUUCCUCCCUGUCGCCGUCUCCGGCUCACACCGAGCUUGCAAGCUAUGGCUUCCCUGUUGGCCUUUUACCCGCCACCACAGUUUUACGUUACUCCGUCGACCAGACCUCCGGCGAAUUUUCUGUUGAACUCGGUGAUAUGUGCAAGAUCACGCUCCCUCCCGAUAACUACGUCGCCACCUACUCCAAGAUGAUCACUGGCAAAAUUGUCAAGGGCAAAAUAGCGCAGCUGGAUGGUAUAAGAGUCCGGGCUCUCUUUAAGUGGUGGUCUAUCACAGGGAUUCGCUCUACUGGCGACGACAUAGUGUUUGAAGUUGGGAUGGUCACUGCGAAGUAUCCUACGAAGAAUUUCGAUGAGAGCCCUGCCUGUGAGGGCCAGCGCUCUUCCUCCUGAAAGGGUACAUUUUCGCUUUCUCCAUGGUCUAAGCAAGGUGACUGUGUCCAGGACCCACCAUUUAAGUGCAAAUCAACCCGAAGCCCUGUCUGUGGCCGAUAAAAAUAAAUGUUACGAGGUUUAGUGCAUCAUGUACCCAUAUAUUUAUAUAUAUGACGUCCGGAAUCCACUCUGUUGUCACUUUCAUGGAUAAUUGUCAUAUCUUUGCUGGGCUGUACUUUGAAUAUUGUAUAUUUGAUGCUCUUCUUACUUCUGCUAUGUAGUAUGUACGCUGCCUAUAUCUGUAUCGAAUGAUGUACCUAUUUGUAGAACUGUAUUAUAAUUGAAGUAUUUGAAUACCAUGGAUUACUUACGAAAAA